AUGGAUAUUCAGACCAAGACAGAGGCCCAGGACUCGGCACAAUCGUCCAAGUCUGUCGAUUUCGAAGCUGCCGAUGAUACCCAGCUGGAGAGAGGACUCCAUGGCCGGCAUCUCCAAUUCAUCGCCAUCGGUGCUGCGGUGGGGACAGGCUUGUUCAUCGGAACGGGAAACGCUCUUGCAACUGCCGGACCUGUUUCUCUGCUCAUCGCCUUCAUCUUCGUCGGCAGCCUUCUCUUCUCAGUCAUGGUUGCUCUUGGCGAAAUGGCUGCCUACAUACCCGUUGCAGGCGCAUUCACAACUUAUGCGACACGCUUCCUCGAUCCCACAUUUGGUUUCGCCAUGGGCUGGGUUUAUUGGUUCAGCUGGACAAUCACAUUCGCCCUUGAGUUAACAGCCGCUGGUCUCAUCAUUCAAUACUGGGACGACAGCCUGAACAUCGGCAUCUGGAUUGCUGUGUUUUGGGUUCUCUUCACUGUUGCCAACUUCCUCCCUGUUAGGUGGUUUGGAGAAUUUGAGAUGUGGUUCUCCAGCAUCAAAGUCAUCACCAUCAUUGGCUUCGUGAUCUUUUCCAUCUGCGUCAACGCAGGUGUUGGCCAACAAGGCUACCUGGGCUUCAAGUACUGGGGCACGCCCGGUGCCUUUGCUGAACAUCUUGCAGAGGGCGCAACUGGCAAGUUCAUCGGCUUCUGGUCCGUCAUGAUCACUGCCGGGUUCAGUUAUCAGGGCUCAGAGCUUGUCGCCAUCGGAGCUGGAGAAACCAAGGAUCCCCAAAAGACGAUUCCUUCUGCUAUGCGUUGGACCUUUUGGGGUGUCUUCUCCUUCUUCAUUUCAACCGUCUUCUUCCUCGGCCUUAAUAUCCCAUACACAAAUGAGGGUCUUCUCAGCGAUUCUCAAGACGCUUCAGCUUCUCCCCUCGUCAUCGUCGCCCAACUUGCCGGAGUUCCAGUCCUCCCAUCCAUCCUCAACGCGGUGCUCCUUACCGCUGUUUUGACUGCCGCCAACUCGGAUGUCUACUCGAGCAGCCGUAUUCUCAUCUCUUUGGCUGACUCUGGCCACGCCCCAGCUUUCUUGAAGAAGACGAACCGCUUCGGAACACCUUACUAUGCGGUCGGGUUCUGUGCCAUCUUCGGAUUCCUGUCAUUCCUGAACCUGUCCAACGACGGCACAGUAGUGUUCAACUGGUUCCUGAGCAUCACGUCGGUUGCAGGAUUUAUCGCAUGGGCCAUCAUCAAUGUGUGCCACAUCCGUUUCAUGAAGGCCCUGUCUUUUUAUCAGAUCCCCCGAUCAAGUCUGCCAUAUGUAGCACCCUUCCAACCCUACCUAUCUUGCCAGAUGAUUCCCUACGGAAAUUACUCGCCCAGGCAACCCAAUACAGUCAAUCCAUUCUCUCCAACAAACCAAGGUGGACCCGACAUGAUGCCUUAUGGACUGAGCAUCCCUGAUGCUUAUUCCUUCGAGCCUCAACUUGUCAUCGCAAGUGCUGAUCAGGCGGGUUUCGAGAUGGCAGGGCAAUCGGCAGCCCAGGCGCUGCUACUGAGGUGUCUCUUCUUCUUGAUGGUCUUGUUUGUCCGAGCCGAGACGGAAAAGCCGGAUCUCCGAUGUCCGGAUUAUGUGGCUAACUACGCGCCUCUUGUCUGGCUGCAUUCUGAGGAUCCGUACAUGCCCAGCGACUUGCUCGCCCAUCUUCAACAUACGACACCGACAGUGCAAGGGCAUGCAAUUGACGGUAUCCCUUCAAUUAAUCUCGGCAACUUGGGGACUCUUAACGAGUUCGGAGAUGAAGAUGUUGCCCUGGUUUCCCAAGAUGAUCCUUUUUCUUACCCCAAAUGGAUUCUCGGCGAGGCACCAGACGAUGCUGGCAGGAUACACAAUGCCACACCUUGCGCCGUCAUUCUCGUAGAGAAGAACGAGGUUGACCUGGAUGCGUUUUACUUUUACUUUUACUCGUACAACGAAGGACCCAACAUCACCCAAGUUCUGGAGCCUUUGAAUCGUCUUGUUACGAGCGAAAAAGCAUCCGCAGGCAUGCAUUUCGGCAACCACGUUGGAGACUGGGAGCAUAACAUGGUCCGCUUUCGAGACGGCAAGCCCAUUGGCAUUUAUUACAGUCAGCAUGUCGAUGGCGAGGGCUAUGAUUGGAAUGAUGGAGCGGUUUCUAAAGCUGGUGACAGACCCAUCGUGUACAGUGCCCGAGGGUCUCACGCCAACUACGCCGUGCCUGGCGCACCCGUACAUAAUGCGGCUUUGGUCGACUACUGCGACGAAGGUAAAAGAUGGGAUCCCGUCUUGUCGGCCUACUUUUACAAACUCGACAUCGACACCUUCACUCUUGUCCCCCUCGCCCCUCCCAAGCAACAAUCUCCGAGAUCUUCCUCCAAUCACACUUCAUGGUUUGAAUACAAAGGACACUGGGGUGAUUUCCAGUUUCCUCAAUCCGAUCCUCGCCAAGAAACCAUCCCCCGCUUCGGAGUUCACCGCUUUGAGACGGGCCCGAACGGACCCCGAUUCAAGCACCUGCUGCGGAAAGGUCUUGUCCGAGAUCAAGCACGGAAAAUGAGCUGGACGGAGUGGGCUGUGGGUAUCUAUAUGUAUUGGUAUCCUUGUUGCAUAAGAGGAUGGAGGAAAUGGAUUUCUGUGGGGGUGAUUAUCACUGCUUUCGCCGCCGUUGCGGUUGGCAUCAUACUUGGCGUUAGGAGGUUGAGGAAACCGAAAACGGUCUACACAAAACUACAGGCGGAAGAUAUACAGAUGGAUGAGUGGAGGAGAGAUGAGGAGGCCUUGCUGUCAUCAUCCGAGGAUGAAGAUGACCGCCAUAGCAAGUAG